AUGGUGCAACAGACAAAAACCAUGGAUGGUGUUCUGAUCCAAGAGCGCAGCUUUGGCACUGGUGAAUUUGGAGACAAUGAAAGUGAAGUUAGGGCUGUGGAGGGCUAUAGUACUCGAGCACUAACUUCCUCAGCUGUGCGAUUAGGAUUACAGCCUCAACAGAUCGACGACGAGGAAUACGUUCACUCACCUCAACAUAUAAUUAGCCCUCCUCGCCCUCCUCAUCAAGAACAAUCACCUUAUAAUGCCAACACUUUUCCAGUUGAUUCGGAUCCAUCCACCAGCAUUACUCUGAGUAAAUACCACGCAAGAGACCUACUUAUGGCAGUCUCGAUGAACGCUGACACGCACAGGAAAAAGGUCGCUGAAACCGUGUUGGAGGCCAUGGAAGAGUUGAGGGAAAUGGCUCUUCUUGGAGCACCAUUGUGGAUAAAUUGUCCUGAAAAUAGUGGAAUGGAGAGUUUGAAUAGGGUUGAGUAUUUACAAAAUUUUUGCUCUACUGAUGCUACGAUGGAAGAGAUAAUGAAAAUGGUAGAGGUUCCAUCUAUGACGAGCUUAGAUGGCAGAAAUGAUGAAUUACCAAAUGGAGGCCAACAGUCCCAAUUACCACCAUUAGAACAAGAUGAUUUGAAAACAGAAGCUUCAAGAGAAACCGGAUUUGUUCGAAUGAGUCCGGUGAAUCUUGUCGAAUUGCUCAUGGAUGUGAAACAAUGGUCAUCCACAUUUGCCAAUAUUAUCUCAAGAGCAACCUUGUUAGGAGUCCUAUCGACCGGAGAAGCGGGGACCGAACAUGGAAACAUCAUAGUGAUGUCUGCAGAAUUUCAUAUUCCUACAGCACUUGUUAGUAGUAGGGAGUGCCAUUUUGCAAGGUAUUGUAAGCAACUGGAUUGUGCAACCUGGGGAGUCGUUGAUGUAUCCCUGGAGGACUUUACUUUUCCACUCUUGAGAUAUAAAAGAAAACCAUCUGGAUGUUUAAUCCAAGAAACCCUAAAUGGAGGCUCUAAGGUUACAUGGGUUGAGCAUGUACAAGCAAAUAACAGAUCAAUUCACAGUAUCUUCGAGCCAAUUAUCUCAUCUGGUUUCGCGUUCAGCGCCCAGCGCUGGGUAGCGACCUUAGUUCGACAUUGUGAGAGGAUUUCAGCCCUAACAACCGCUACGAAUCCUUUGAGUAAUGAUGGUGGAAAAUCUUUUUUAGUACCUAAAGAAGGUAGAGAGAGUCUAUUGAAGCUAGCUGAGAGACUGACGAGAACGUUCUGCGUCGAAGUGAAUGCUUCUACUGAGAAUAUUUGGAAGCCAUUGUGUGUAAAAGGUGCUCAAGACAUCAAGGUUAUGAUCAAGAACUCAAUAAAUAUACCUGGAAAGCCUCCUAUUACAACAAUAAUCUUCACUACUUCACUACAACUUCCAUCCCCUCCUAAGAGAGUAUUCGAUUUUCUUCGCGACGAGAAGUCUAGAAGCAAGUGGGAUCUACUUUCACGCGAUAAUACCAUCGAAGAAGUUGCACACAUCAUUACCACCAGUAAAAAUCCAGAAAACCGUGUGUCGAUCAUUCAAGUGGAUGCUUGUCGAAACAGAGUAGCUACUCUGUACUUGCAAGAGAGUUUCACAGACCCUACUGGAUCCUACAUCGUAUACGCCCCGAUGGACAUUAGAGCCAUGUCAAUGAUUCUUAAUGGAGGAAAUGCAGACUCUGUGUUUGUUUUACCAUCUGGGUUUGCUGUUCUUCCUGACAGGGCAAUUACAGCAAACGGAAAAGAAGAAGAAUGUGGGAGUCUUCUCACAAUUGCUUAUCACAUAGUUGACGAUUCAUGCGCAGAGAAUUGUGUUCCGCGAAGUUCGACGCAAACCAUGAAAAGGAUUAUCAAAACUACUGCUAAUUGGAUUAGGGAAGCUGUAGCAGAGAAGAAAUGA